GCACGACUAGAUUGAAAUACUACUUUGACGAGUCAACGACCAUUAUGUCCACCAAUGACACUGAAAAAAUGGACAACUGGAUUACUCUAAUGAAAACUGGAAACGCCUUUUAUAGGUUAAAAGAAUACACAUCAGCUGGAGACCAUUAUAUGCGUAGCAUUGAGUUACUCAGUGCUUCUUGUGACACAGGGAUACCAACUGACCAGAUAUCAAUUUGCUUGGCCAAACGUUACGGAAACUGUUCGGAAUGUUUCUACAAAACUGGAAAUUUUACAAUGUCUUUGGAGUAUGCCAAGAAAUGUGUAAAAUAUAGUCCAAAAUGGUUUAAGGGACAUCUUCGAGUUUGUCGAGCCUACAGAAAAGUCGGAAAAUGGAAAAAAUCCAUGUCUGCAAUAAUCAACGCUUUCAACUGCACAGACCCAACUCAUGAUGAAGAAAUACAACAGAAACUUCUGUAUGAGCUAGUAGAGACAUCUGCCUACAAAGAAGACUGCCAUGUUCAGGAACUUUUAAAAAACCUUCAAGAAAUUUCAUCCUUGUCUUGGUCACAAACAACCUAUUUUUACAUUCAAAACAAAGAAUGGAAGAUUGUGGAGUAUAUUGUAAAAACAUUUUGGAAUGUACCUUGUGGAAGUCAGCAAGUGGACAGCUUACAAUGUCAUGUAGACCUAACAAACUUUUGCCACUUGACCACCAGUAUUUCAACUGGAGACUGUCAGUGGGUCUGCAAAUUAAUUUUGUAUUAUCUCGUCCAUGGAGCUGAUCCAACACUUCUGUCACUUGUACCUGAUGACACUUACCUACAUGCCAUCCUCUAUAUUGCUGUUAAGACCAUGAAGACAGAGAGUAACUCAAUGAAUUUAAUAAACUAUGUUAUAGAGCAUAGAGCUGGUCCUUACAAUGAACUCAAUAUACAAGAUGGCAGAGGGGAGACUGUUCUGCAUAUGUUGGCAAGGAUUGAAGAUUUUGACAGAAAGAAUGUUCUUGAAUAUCUAUUAGAGCAAGGUGUUGAUCCUUUGAUUAAAAACAAAGAUGGACAAUUAGCUAUAGAGUUAUGCAACAAGCCUUGUUUUGAUACCAGUGUGAGACUAAAAGCCAUUGGCAUUUUAGUCAAAAAUAUUGACAAGAGCAGAAAGAUUGAGGACAAAUUGGUCAAGAUCAGGAGAUCAGAAGAAGUGACUUCUUUGUGUUCUCUUCUCAUGGAAAACAGACUUCCAGUUAUUCCCAAAGAGCUUCUUAAAAUGAGUGCAGACACCUGUAGACCUGUCCUCGAAAAAUUAAUCGAAACAGGAAAGUGGACUGUGGUUUAUCAGUUAGUUUCAGACUUUAGAAAAGCUAAAGGUGAAAGAGCUUUAUCAAACUUUGCGUCAAUGUUAAAACUUGCUGACAUCAUAAGAAAUAAUUCUCAUAAAAGAGAAGAAAGUGAGAAAAUAAAGUUGGUUAGUUUCCUGGUCAAAGAGGGGGCCAGUGUGGAGGAUGAGGAUACUCUUAAAACUAGCAUCCAGCAAGAAGAGUGGCAGCUAUCUUUAGAGCUAUUGAAACUUGGUGUUAAUCCCAAUGGAGUCACAUUAUAUCCUGGAGACACCCCAUAUCAUGCAGCUUUAAGAUUGGCCUUGGAAAAACAGUCAGGAGAUUUUUCCUUACUCAAAGAAUUAAAAAAUACUCAUGAAAAGAAAGAAAAUUCGUUCCUUCAAAAAGAUAUAAAUUGUUUAGAUGGAACUGGCAAUAAUCUGUUACACUUGGCAGCCCAGGCAGAGAGGAAUCAAAACUCAUUGGAUGCUGUGAAGUUACUCUGUAGUUGGAAUAUUUCAAGUGAUGCAAAAAAUGAGAACUGCAAACUUCCAUGUGAUUAUUUGCUGGACUCGGAUGAUAGUCGUACAGAGUACCUCAAGAAACCAGAAGUUGAUAUACCUAAUAAAUCAACGUCUGAGAAUGAAGAUUCUCCAAACCAUGCUAAUUCAAAAAGAAAAAGUGAAUCACCAUCUAAGGAUCCAAAAGCUAUUGCCAGAAAUAUUCUGAUGAAAAUACCAGAUGCUUCUGGUUUUCUGACUCCAAGUCCCCAGAGUGUUGAGAGGGGAGACAUUGAGCCAACACACUCUGGACAAACUUUAGCCAGUAAAAUUAAUAAGACAAGAAACCCAAGUGGAGGCAGUGUAUCUAACACUGAAAUGAAAGAUACAGAUCUGCAAGAGAUUCUUCAAUAUCAGUAUGAUAAAGUUCAUGUGACAGAUUUUGAUAACCUAGCAUGGGAAAUUGAAUGCACAGAAUCAGUAUGGAACAUGUUAAAAAGACUUAAAACACAAGAUUCAGACAUUGUGUUAAAAGGACAGAAACUGGAAAGAAAAGCAACUGAAUGUUUCAUUAAACUUUUACUGUUGAAAAUCCAGCAGCUAGGAACUGGUAACUGGAGUGGCCUAGAACAGACCAAAGUAGCUGUAUCUGAAGACUCUCUCCAGCUGUUCAAGUUACCCCUACCCAUGGAAACCUGCAUUCUCUGGGAGUUAGCUGUGGCAUUCUCUCAUCGCAACAGUGAGGCUCAAGGAUCAGUGGAUGAAAAACUUGACCUGGAAUGUGGAAUGGUUUACUCAGAAGUCAUUCGUAUUUGGGAAAUAGUGCUGGAUCCCUCAGAUGUCAACUUGGUAGUGGAUAAAAUCAGCAAUUCACAUUCUCGAGGACAGCAAUGCAUUAUACAAAAACUCCUUAAAGACUCCAAAGGUGAUUUGAAAAAGAAGAGAAUAAAAACACUCAAUGCCAAUGACAACAAUCCCAGGAAUUUCCUCCUGUGUCCACCCAGUGAGGAGCACAACAAAAAGACAAUCCAAUGUUACCCUCCUGCGAGUCUAAAUAAAAAUGAGUUCAAUAUAAUCAAACUGUACAAUUUAUCCUCUAGUAUGGUCUCAGCCAUCCUGAGUGAAGAGGUACUGAAGAUUGAUUUCCCUUUCAAAGUUGCUGAAAUUGAACACCAAAUUAUUAGCUUGAAAAAUGAGUCUCCAAUAUUACUCCUUGGCAGAAGUGGGACAGGAAAGACAACUUGUUGUUUGUAUCGUCUGUACAAAGAAUUUGAGAACUACUGGAAAAAUGCAGAUGAAUUUGGAAGACCACUGAUACCUAUAGAUUUUUCAAUGAUGGAAAACUUCUCAAAAAACGAGGAGAUGGAUACUGUGGCUGUAGCAACUGGUGAAGAUGAAGAAAGUGAUGGGGAAGAUGUAGUAUCAGAGGCAGACAGUGACAACUCUAUUGACACUCAUGACCAUCUGCAUCAGAUCUUUGUUACAAAAAACCCAGUUUUGUGUGCAGCAGUUGAGAAAAAUUUCACCCAAUUAUGUCAGACUGACCCAGAUCUUCAGAAUCAUGUAAAGAACAGGGCUAAACCAGCCAAUCGUCUUCAGGAUACAGAUUUCGAAUCAUUCCCUUUGUUUCUUACUUCCAAACAUUUGCUGCUACUUCUGGAUGCCUCGGCAGACGGAGAUUCCUUUUUCCCCCGUGAUGAAGACUUAGAGCCUGAGCAUAACAUUCCUGGCUGGGAGACUCCAGAUGACAUUUUUCAUGACUUAGGGCAUCCGUUACUUGAGAGCCAGAUACAAGCUGGAGGUGCUGAAAAAGACAUGACCAAGUUGCAGAAGCCUGAGAAAAAGAAAAAAGAUUUUAGGCCAGAGUGUACAUACGAUCUGUUUGAGCAUGCCAUUUGGCCUAAAUUAAAAAAUAAAAUGUCUCUUGACUGUCAUCCCUCGUUAAUUUGGACGGAGAUCAUGUCUUUCAUCAAAGGCUCAAAUGAAGCACUUGAAACUGAACAUGGCUAUUUAGAUGAAAAACAAUACAUUAAUAUUGGCUCUAAGAGGGCGCCCAAUUUCAACCAUGAUCGGCAGCUGGUUUACCAAGCAUUUGAAUAUUACAAGAACUUUAUGAAGAAGGAAAACUGGUUUGAUGAGACGGACGUCAUAUUUCACAUUUACACAAGAAUAAAAAAUAUGACAUACAUUCCAUGGAGCCUACAUGCCAUCUACACUGAUGAGACACAAGACUUCUCCCAAGCAGAACUUGCUCUUCUUGUCUCUCUGAGCAUUGACCCAAAGAACAUGUUCUUAGCUGGAGACACUGCACAGAGUAUAAUGAGAGGAAUUUCCUUUAGAUUUGCUGACUUGAAUUCACUCUUUUAUUUGAAGGCAAAACAUAAAUCAAAGAGGCCAGGUACAAUAUAUCAGUUGUCACACAAUUAUAGAUCACACACUGGCAUUCUUUCAAUGGCUUCAGCGUUGUUAGACAUUGUGCUAAAGCUCUUCCCAGACUCUAUUGACAAACUUGAGAAAGAUCAGGGCUUGUUCCAAGGACCAAAGCCUGUCCUUAUUGAAUCUUGUAAACCAGAGGAGCUGAUGAAUCUGUUGGCAGGCAACAAGAGGGAUACUUCACACAUUGAGUUUGGAGCACACCAGGCUGUAUUGGUGCUGGAUGAUGAUGCCAAAGAAAAACUUCCCCAAGAGCUUCGUUCAGGAAUUAAACUUACCAUCUAUGAAUCCAAAGGACUGGAGUUUGAUGACAUUCUCAUUUAUAACUUCUUCACCAAUUCCAAAGUUGAUAAAGAAUGGAGAGUAGUUACAGAUUACUUACAGAACCUAGUGACUGAUUUAAAAAGUGGGAACAAGCAAGAGAACUUGAAAAUAAUUGAUUCAGAUGUUCUGGAAAAAGGUUGUAGACUCCGACCUUUGUCAUUUGAUAGCCGCCAACAUAAGUUGCUUGACACAGAACUGAAACAGCUAUACACUGCAGUAACCAGAGCUCGUGUCAAUGUCUGGAUCUUUGAUGAAAAUUCAGAGAAAAGAGCUCCAAUGUUUGAAUACUUUAAGGCAUUAAAACUUGUUCAGGAUCUAGAAGAAUUUAAGCAAAAUAAUGAAGAAAAAGGUUUUAUGGAGACCUCCACACCUCAAGAAUGGAAAUCAAAAGGUGACAAGUACUUGUCUGAGAAAAAGUAUCGAUUGGCUAUAGAUUGCUAUGUAAAGGCCAAAGAACCAGAUAUGGAAAAAUUGGUUAAAGCUUUUCUUACAGCUGAGGAGGCACCUAGGCUUGCACAGAAUGUAACACUAAUGAAAAACAUGUAUGUGAAGGCUGGGGCACAGUUUCUUUCAUGCCGUCAAUUGCCUCAUGCUGCCCGUUGUUUUGAAAAGGCAGAGGAUAAAACCUUGGCUGCUAAGUGCUAUGAAAAAUGUCGCCAGUUUGAGAAGGCUGCUCAGCUGUACAUGGAAGUCCCUGAUAUCAUCAGUGCUAGCCGAUGUUACCAACAGAGUGGCAACUUUGGACAGGCUAUUGAUAUACUAGCCUCUGAAAAUUUGUUUGAAAGAUCUGUGGAGUGCCUUCAUACAUAUCAGAAACUGAUUCAGGAGUAUCAAGAAAGGAAUCAAGUGAUACCACCUGUGCUUUUAGACAAAAGGCUUAAUGAGGAAUUCACUGAAAACAAACUGUGGAUGAGAUUAGCAGAACAUCAGCAUAAGAAUAAUCAAAGUUUCAAAGAAACACUUCAAAAAGUGACUGAUGCAAAAGAGAAAAUAGAUUUUUUCAAGAAGAUCAAUUUGUGGAAGGAAGCAGCUAUACUUUUAUUUGAUGAAGGUGAUACCAAGCAAGCCGCAGAAUUAAUGUUUAAAAUUGGUGAGUUAAACACUGCUCUGGACUAUGCUAAACAAGGAUUUCACAAGGCAUUAGCAGCUUCCAUCCAUAUGGCCUUGGCACAUUCAUCCUUUCUGAACAAAGAUAUGGACUCCACUAUACAAAAUCUGAAAGAGGCACAGGGAAUGUAUAUUGAACUGAAUGAUAAUCCAGGACAAGCUUUGACUAAAUUCUAUUUGGGAAAAUAUCUCCAAGAUCAAACACGUCUGAUUUCUGCAAGCAAGCACUUUGGCAUGUGUGGAUCUAUUCAGUGCGUAGGUCAACUUGAGUGCUUCUCAGCUCUCUUUAAAGUCACCACAUUUUCUAACAAAGAAAUUUGCAAUGAGUUUAUAAAAUACAUAAGUGAUUUGGGAUGUAAGGUGAUUGAAGUCUUGCAUGACAAGAAACCAGAGAAUGCUCUACUACGGAAAGAGUAUUUGAAAUUCUAUGGCCUUGAACUUGAUGUUAAAAAUAAAAAGGUUACUUGGCAUCCCCAUGAAUUCCCUUUAUAUCAGACUUUUGUAAACCCUACAGUAGAUCGAUCACCUGUCACUCAAUCUGAAUCUGAGGCAGUGAUAGCUUUGAGUCUUGUGAUAAUACGCCGUAUCAAGGAGUGGUCCAAGAGAAUAAUGAAAGCGAUACAAGGGGCAAUAGAGCCCUACCUGUUGUGCCACAAAGUCAAGGAAGGAUUCAAGUGUGACCAACAUCGACAUCGAUGCAGAUACAAGCACAAGUUGGCUGCAACUUUGGAGGAGGAUACAAUUGUUUUAAAUUGUUGGACCAUGGCUGUAUGGCUUGACAGCACACUGCAUUCAGCAGCAGAGCAAUUUGAACAGUUGCACAUUCCAGACAUAACAGCCAGUCUGGUUCAAAAGAAUCAGAUGUGGCUCUCUGCCCAAGGAUUAGUGGAAUUUGUGACUUCAGCAAGACUUUUAGCAUCUGACCAUUUUCAACAAAUAAUGGUUAAAGUGAGUGCAUUGGAAACUGCAGUAAAAAAACAACUUGAAAGGUAUGUUCAGUAUUUAUUAGGUGCUGACAAAAACUCUGUCAAGGAUAAACUUGGCUCAGUGAGAGGCAUAGUUGAAGCAUGUCUAGUGACAUCAUUAUUAAAAAUAGAAAACAUUAAUCUUCAACAGUACAUCAUAGAUCUGGAGAAUUUUCUAAAUGAGUCACCUGAGACCAGGUACAAGGAAUUUCAGAAUCUGUUAAUAUUUAGAUAUGAACUUGAUCAAGGGGAGACAAAACAUCUCACCAUAAAGACCAUUGGUUCCCUGUUUGUGGAUUCUCUGAGUUUCCUCUUCUCUGCCCACAAUCCAAUGAGGAGUGUGAUAGAGUUCAACACAUUUUUAAGUCAACUUGUAACUUUAAAGAACUGGUCUUUGAUGCCCAGAUUAGACCAUCUUCUCUUCUGGAUGGAAUUUCAUUUUUGUACCACACUUUUUACUUUAGCCCAUGCUAACAAGACUUCUAAAAACAAAAAUAGAUUUUAUCUUCCCAAUUUAUAUCUGGGAAAUUUAAAACUGGUGGAAGCUUGUAUCAAUGGAGUGGACACUGGAAAGUCUGCGAAAUUUUUGUAUCAGAUGUUGGCUGAACAGGAUUUAUCAAAUUUGAAUGUUCAGGACAUACAAACUACACUAGUGAUGUUUUUAGUGGGCAGUGAGUUCAACCUUAUUGACUACAUUCAAGUGCUGUGUGGACCCAAUCCAAGCUAUGAGCUUGUGGAGAGAAUACUCAUUUUGACACUUGUUGUCAUGCUCAAUAUUCCUAAAGAGUUGGUUUCAUCAGAUUUUGAAAUACUAAUCAGGGGCAAACUUUAUAAUAUCAAACAUAAUGAUUUAAUGCCAGAAAGGUUGAAACUCUUAAUUAAAAAUAUCCACAAAGCAAAGAGUUACCCAGACUUAGUGACAGCCAUUUCAUUUUACUUAAACAGCCAAGGGGACUUUAUGAUGCAAUAUACUUGGCAGGAUCGAAAGAAUUUUCAACUCUUUCCAUAUCGUAUGGAAAUAAAAUACUAUCCACAGAUGGUUUUCUUUAAAAUGCCCGCUCCUGUAUCAGUGGACCCUGUCAUGAACAGAAAUGAAGGCAGCACACAGAUAUCUGACCCAGGACCAAAACAUUAAAGGCAGCACAAAAUGAUGGACUAUAGACUACUAUGCAAAGCUAAAGACUACAAUCUUUUGUGUGUACUGAAGAUAAUGUUAUUCUUUUUACUGAUUUCCACCUUAGGGCUGUCUAUUUUGACUGCACAAUAAUGUUUAGAUAACUUAAGUGUCUAAAAUCUUAUUUGAAGUUGUGUUUAUAAUUAGCACAUAGUCUCAUUAUAUCAAAUGUUUGUUAUUAGGCUACAGUUUAAUGCUACACAUUUAUUUAAUGUAUCGUUUGAUGAUUGGUGAUGUAAUUAGCACAUAGUCUCAUUAUAUCAAAUGUUUGUUAUUAGGCUACAGUUUAAUGCUACACAUUUACUUAAUGUAUCAUUUGAUGAUUGGUGAUGGAUGAUGUUUUUAAGGUUUGAGUUUCAUGUGCAUUAUUUUGUUACAUUAUACAUUUUACAUCAGGUAGAAUAAAUUAUUUGAUUACAUAAAAUAUAAAUUUGUCCAUGUAAUUUUUGAAAUUAUUUAUAUUUCUAGUCCAUCUGUCUUUUCAAUAGAUUCUAUUAAGUUUACGCGUACCAUCUAGAAGAUGAAUAUAUAGUAUGUAAGAACAAUAUUUAUUAACAUAUAUAUCUUUAUCACCCAAUUAAUAUUGUAUUUGCUUUCAUUAAGUUAGACAUUGAUUAUUUUACUAUACUGGUUUAUAGUAUUUCAAAUUAACUGUCUCCUUAAAAGAGUUAUGGCAUGUAAUUUAGUAAUUGUCAUUUUAUUGUACACAACUAGGUGAUGGUAUUUUACUGUUGUUUUUUGUUUUGUAUCCCCCUUCAUUUUAUUCUCUCAUGUUUGAACCAGUUUAGGAAAUGUGAACAUUCACAUCCACACACCCCCAGUUUUUGUUAAUUAUGUUGUGAUAAUAUAUAUAUUUUUAGGGUCUUCAUAUAUACUUAUACUAUUUGACAUUGUGAUAUAUAUUUCAAAUGAAUAUUUCUAUCAUGGAGGUAUAUACAUUCUUUGGAAUGUGCUCCUUAAAAAUAAAAAUUGUUUCAAUA